UUCGUGGACCGUCGUGCGCGCGCGGGCGGACGUAUUCGUUUCUAUUCGCUUUUCGCAACAAUGCAGGUGAGCGCAUACGCAUCUCCACCCGCGUGUGUCAGUUGUUCGUGAAAUUGCAAUUUGAUCGUAUAUUUUUCGAACGAAUUAAGUCGAAGUAUUCGAUUUUCUGAAUUCCUACUUGAAAUAAUGGAUCGUUUACCGUACUGAUCGCUACUCUGUCGUCUCUUGACAACAACGUUUCGCGCGUCUUUUAUCGUUUUAUGUUUACACGUCUACAUUUAUCGCACGUUGUUCCACGAGUAUCGUAAAUUUCGCUAGAUCUUUUAGCAUUUUCGAUUGAUUACGCAAGCGAUCCCGACGGUAGAUCGUCGUGUGCAGGUCGAGCCAACGUUCGCGAAAAUCCUUGGCACACAAUAUCGAAGCUCGAGAAUCGUUUGCACGCGCGAUGCGAGCGGUAGACGAGCGACGAACAUGACGACGAUCGCUCGUCUUCUUCUAGGAAUCGUGUUUUCCUGGUUUCUCGCAAGAACAGACUGUUGCUCGGCCGUUACAUGGGAGAAAAUUGGUGGCGUUAAACCAGAAACGUUUGACUCGCAAACAAUCCUCUUUAGCACGGUCAAUUCGAACGGAAUAACGAGAUAUUGUUUCGAAAGGUGCGAGCGCAUAAAUUGUACUGCAUUCAUAGUAGACUUUGGAAAACAUAUCUGCUACGCGAUAGAAGCAAAGGACGACGAGUUGAUACCCGACCCGAAUUCGACGUUUUAUCAUCGAGUUUGCGUGAGAGUUCCGAUAACCUGUACGCGACGUAGACUUUGGCAAGUUGAGAGAAGCCCGGGAGCGGUGUUGAUAGAUUCCAGCGCCUUACAUCUGCCCAAUCCAAUUACGAGAAAUCAGUGUUAUGAAAAAUGUAUAGAGAUAGGAGGAAGCUGCGAAUCCGCCCAAUUCCGAACAUCGAAACCUCUCUCGUCGAACGAAACUGUGCUCGGCCGAUGCUCCCUCUCGUUGUACGAACGUGGAACCAGACCUCGAGCGUACAGAGCCUCGAUGUACAGAGAUGAAUAUCUUCGAGAUCAAUGUCGAAACCUGUCUAAUCGCGAAUACUGUUCGUAUGCGGAAUUUCAAAAUGUUUCGUUGCCAUAUUCGGACUUCGCUUUAUCCAAUCUUAACGAGGAGCAGUGCGAAAGAAGAUGCGACGCAAGUAUGGAUGGUUUCAUUUGUCGAGGAUAUACGUUCGAUAAUUCGUCCGGUAAACCAGUUUGCCUGUUACAUUCGGAAGAUACGACUAGUUUAGGGGUUAGCUCGUUGAUCGAUGCUACAAAAACGAUAUACAGAGAACGGGAAUUGUGUUUGGAUUUAAGAGUACAAUGCAAUGAUUCAACGAUGACGGUCAUGUUGAGAACGAACGAUCCCUUUUUCGGCCGAAUCUAUUCGAAUGGAUAUGCAGAUACUUGCGGCGUUCAAGGUACAGGCGGUAAUCAAACGAUGUUGAUGCUACCCAUUCCAACCGCGAACAACGUACAUCAAGGCAAACUACACUGCGGCCUGAAUCCUGCUUUUUCUGUCGACGAUCGAAAUCGAACACGACCAUUGGUCUGGGCGACGAUAGUCGUACAAUUCAAUCCAAUCGUUCAACGACUCGGCGAUCAAGCUAUUAGGGUAGGAUGCUCGUUGAGCGAUCGAGAGCCACCAGAAGCGAAAAACAUAACCGUUCAUUCGAGUUUCAGUUUUCUCGAUCCAAACGCAGGAGUACCGCCAAUCUCUUCGACAAUAGUCAAUGUAUCCUCGCAAGUACCGAUAGUCACAAUGAGAAUUUUGGAUGAGAAUAUGAGAGACGCGAUGGUCACGCAUUUAGGUCAAAAGCUCAUAUUGAAAAUUCAGUUGAGUCCACCGAACGGUCCUUAUGAUAUCACUGCCGGUCACCUUGUAGCGAGUAGCGCUUCGGGUGAUGCUUCUUAUUUGUUACUAAACGAAGUUGGAUGUCCUACAGAUUCAACCACUUUUCCAGCGCUCACGAAAGAUCCAGUCGAUGGUCGUUCUUUGAUCGCAACCUUUACCGCUUUCAAAUUUCCCAACAGUCAGAUAGUCCGAUUUAAUGUAAUCGUUCGAUUUUGUUUGCAAAAAUGUACGCCGACAGUCUGCAACGGCGAUAAACUUUCUUAUGGAAAAAGAAAACGAUCUAUCGAAUCUGAGAAUACACAUUCGAUUUAUAAUGAUGAAACGACACAAAUGUUUCAAAAUGAAACACCGGAAGAAUUACCGCUUUAUCUCUCUAUAAUUGUACAAAAUCCCGUUGCAUCUUCGGCUGAUCGUUUGUCUUCAAGAGAGAACGUAUCUCCCGAUACCGUGUUGAUAACCGGAGAAAAUAUCUUUUCUUUUUUUUAGAUUCUAUGGACGGAUUGCUUUGCAUCGAUGCUAGUCUUGCCUUGAGCUUAUUAAUUAUUUUACUGAUCAUUCAAAUCAUAUUUAUCGUUGGCUGUCUAGUAACUAUUGCGCAAUAUAGACGAACAGCCAUACGAGCAGAAGAAGACAGAGCCAAUAUUCUGGCUAGACAUCUCUACGGUAUUCAUGGAGGAAAUCUUGAAAUUGCACGAAGAGUCAGAUGGGCCGAUCAUAAUGCUUCAUCCGCGUCUCAUGAUUAAUACAUAACCUUUCAUCAUCUUUCAUCAUACAUACAUACAUACAUACAUACAUGUACACUUUAAAUCGGUUUCUUAAGUUGAUAUAAUUCUAUAGAUAGGAGAGGACACAUAAAUAGAAAAGCGAUAUUUUCAAUUAAAA